GAGCUAACAAGCGGAGCUAGCCUGCAAGCUAAAAACAAGCUUCUCGUUGUUAGGUUUUAAAACUAUUUAAAUGUCUAAAACGAGUUCGCAGCCCCCCUCGUCUUCGGCAACGACGGCUACGGGGGGGCCCUCUUCGUCGUCUUCGUCUUCGCCCGCGGGGGGGUCGACAUCUCCCGCAACCGUGUUGAACGUCCAACCAGAAAAACCUCAACAUUACACGUAUCUCAAAGAGUUCAGGACGGAGCAGUGUCCCCUGUUUGUGCAACACAAAUGCACGCAGCACAGGCCGUUUUCCUGUUUCCACUGGCAUUUCCUGAACCAGCGGCGCCGCAGACCCAUCCGCAGGCGGGACGGGACCUUCAACUACAGCCCAGAUGUGUACUGUACCAAAUAUGACGAGGGAACAGGCAGCUGUCCCGAUGGAGACGAGUGUUCCUUCCUGCAUCGAACAGCAGGUGACACAGAGCGACGGUAUCACCUCCGCUAUUAUAAAACUGGAUCUUGUAUCCAUGAAACAGAUGCAAAAGGCCACUGCACAAAGAACGGCUCCCACUGUGCCUUCGCCCAUGGAUCACAUGACCUGCGCAGCCCCGUCUAUGAUAUCAGAGAGAUGCAGGUGAUGGAGUCUCAAGGGGGGUCGGGAGCAGCAGAGGGAAGCGGGGGAGACGGGCAGUCGGGACAAGCAGCGAGCACAGCCCUCAUAGAGAAGAUCCUGAGCGAAGAACCACGCUGGCAAGAUAACACCUACGUGCUGUCCCACUACAAGACCGAGCUGUGCAAGAAGCCUCCUCGCCUGUGCCGUCAAGGAUACGCCUGCCCGUAUUACCACAACAGCAAAGACCGGCGGCGCAGCCCACACAAACACACGUACAGAGCGUUGCCGUGUCCAGCGGUGAAACAGGGGGAGGAGUGGGGUGACCCCAGCAAGUGUGAGGGAGCAGAGGGCUGUCAGUACUGCCACACGAGAACGGAGCAGCAGUUCCACCCGGAGAUCUACAGGUCCACUAAGUGUAAUGACAUGCAGCAGUGUGGCAGCUGUCCCAGAGGACCCUUCUGUGCCUUCGCUCAUGUUGAAAAGCCUUUUGUUCCCGAAGAGCCAUCGUUCCCCAGCUCCCCUCUUCUCUCCAGACCCCCAGACCUCCUACCUAGCCGGGAGGGCUCUCUGAGCCCCAGCAGUCACAGCGUAAGGUCUGGGCCUUGUACAGCGUCAGACCUCUUCUCUCCCUCUGUUGCAUCCUGUGCAGCAGAGCAGGGGCUGCUGGGUAGUGUCUUAUCACUGUGUGAGGACGCCAGAGGAGGAGCAGACCCUCUGUCUCCCUGGGUGGGUGGCGGGGUGUACGGGAGGGCGCCUGGAUUUGAGCGGGAAGAUCAGGCCAAACAGAGGAGUUUUUCCUUCGAGCAGCGCAGCAGAGAGUUUUCAACAACACAGAGCAAACAGGACUUGUUGGUGUUCCUGCCUGUUGGCAGCCCGUUGAGUCUGUCCUCCAGCAUCCCUUCCAGCUUGGCAGCUACGCCCCCAAGCCCCGCCCCUCUGGGACCGCUGGGCUCCAGCAUCACAUCAGGCAUGAACGCCAACGCCCUGCCCUUCUACCCCACCAGAGAGACCGUGGAGUCGGUUGUUGAGUCUGCCCUGGAUGAUCUCGACUUGAACGACUUUGGAGUCUCUGCUUUGGAGAGAAGCUUGGAGAGCCGUUCUCUCUCAAGCGUGGGGCUUAUGCUAGGAGGCAGCCAGCUCCAGAGUUCUGCUCCAGUCAACAUUCCAGGGUCCUUCAGCAGCUCCGCUCCCUUCCGUUCCCCUUCUCCAUCUCCCCCCGUCAGGCCCCAGGCCUCACCUUUCUUCUCUACUCACCUGUCCCAGCCAGGCCAAUCAGAGAGCCCCUUUCUGGGGCCCUCCCACAGCUCUUUAGGUUUGAAUGGCAUGAGCACAAAUAUCUGGGAGCACUUCCCGUCUGAUCAGGGUUCUCCCGGCACGCCCCCCGCCCUGCUCCCCUCUGGCCCCUGCUCAGAGACCGGCAGACUCAAGCAGGAGCUGGAGGACGCUCACAGGGCGCUGAAGCAGUGGGGCCACAGCUGGAGACACACAGCUCAGUCCUGGACUGCGCUCAAAGCAGACGCAAAGGAGUCCCGUGCAAACGCAGCACGGUCAGCUGCCGAGGCUGACCGAGCCCGGCAGGCCGAGGAGGCGGCGCAGAGGCAGAUUUCUCUCCUGCAGGAGGCGAUGGAGAGUUUACGAAGCGGAGACAAUCCCCACCUUGCACUGCAUCAACUCCAGCUGCUGCACCGGCUGCCUCUGGAGUCGGUCCUUAGUUUACAGGCUCAGCUGUGUACCUGCUUACACGCUGUCGAACAGGUGGUUUACAGGAAACAGAGACGGUGCUGUGUGACGUGUGGAGAGCCGGGCUCGGUGUCGCUGCCCUGUGGUCACGGACUUCAGUGCGACGGCUGCUCCGCGUCCACCAAGUGCCCGCUGUGCCCCGAACAGACCCCCAAACUACAGCUCUCCUGACCCCCCGACAGCUCCUGAUCCCAGACCAGUCAGUCCUGAUUCCACACGUUACCAGCUUUAGAUCCUGACUCUCAUUUCAGAUAGAUUGUUUUCAUUGUAAAAUCAUAAUAACACAAGCACUGAUUUGAUUGUGUACUUUAAAAAAC